CACCGCCCAUGCGCAUUAAAGUUUCGGUCGUAGCAGUGUGAUAUCGGUUGUUAUUGUUUCGCUGGGCAGCUGAUAAAUGAUUGACUGUCCAAGUUUUUAACAUUUCAUGUUGUAGACUUUACUGAAUCGCAUCAAGACAUUUUUAGAACGUGAAUCCGCGACUGUUCAAUGGGCGCCGUUGAAAGCACCGAGGGUGAAAGGGAACCAUUACUGGUACCAGCCCAGUACGCGACAAACACACCUCCGGUGUUCAGCAGGGUGUAUGGGAGAAGAUGGUUUGUUCUCACCAUGUUUUCACUGCUGGGUUUUAUGCAAGGACUGGUGUGGAACACCUGGGGACCGAUCCAGAACUCGGCCAAACAUGUGUUCGAGUUCUCUUCAACAGAUAUCGCAGUGCUGGUGCUGUGGGGUCCAGUGGGUUACCUGCCCUGGCUACUGUUUAUGUGGCUGAUGGAUAAAAAAGGUUUGCGAGCGUCUCUGCUGCUGUCAGCAUUCUUCAUGGUGCUUGGCACAGUGUUAAGAUGUGUGCCCCUCAAAGACCUGCACUAUAGGCGCUGGUUAAUUCAUGGAGGGCAACUUCUAAAUGGUUUAGCUGGUCCAACCAUUAUGAGCGCUGGUCCUUUGCUCUCCACUACUUGGUUUGCUCCUGAUCAAAGGGCCACGGCCACUGCUAUUGCUUCACUGGUCGGCUACCUGGGGUCAGCCUGCGCCUUUCUGAUUGGUCCAUUGGCUGUCCCUGCACCCAAUGAUACCCAUAUAGUGGGCACAUCCAUCCACUGGGACCAAAACCAAAUCAGAGACAGGAUACAAUUUGUCCUUUAUACAGAGUUUGGGAUGAUUGCGGUACUUUUCAUGGCUGUGCUGUUCUACUUCCCUUCACGGCCGCCCAUCCCUCCCAGCGUGGCAGCAGCCAGCCAGCGUCUCAGCUACAGGAGCAGCAUCUGCAGACUCUUAAGCAACAUGCGGUUUCUGAUGAUAGCGCUUGCUUACUCGGUGCCCACUGGGGUUGUUGCCGGCUGGGCCGGUGUGCUGGACAUGAUUUUAACACCUGCCAAAGUCAGCCAGGUGGAUGCUGGCUGGAUCGGGUUCUGGUCCAUUGUUGGAGGCUGUGUGUUUGGUUUGGCUAUGGCAAGGUUUGCUGACUCUAUUCGAGGAAUGCUGAAGCUGAUUUUAGUGCUGAUGUUUGCCGGAGCAUCCCUGGCGGCCACCUGGUUCACCCUCACCUGCCUGACCAGGCUCACUCACCUGCCCUCCACUAAAGCCACUCUCUACACCUCCUGUAUCCUAGUGGGUAUCUUCAUCAACAGUAGCGUGCCCAUCUUCUUUGAACUGUUUAUUGAGACGGUUUAUCCUGUGCCCGAGGGCAUCACCUGUGGAGUGGUUACCUUCCUCAGCAACCUCUUCACUGGACUUCUACUGUUUUGCCUCACCUUUUACUUCACAGAGCUGUCCUGGUUGAAUUGGUGUCUGACAGGUUCCUGCAUCUUCAGUCUCCUCCUCCUCCUCUUCUUCAGGGAAUCGUACGACCGACUCUAUUUGGAUGUCUUUGUGUCUGUCUAAGCACACCGAGUGAGCUGCUUUUAACAGAAAAAGACUGAAAUAUUUUUGCUAACACUAUUGCAAAAACAGUAAAGAAAGGGCGCACAAAAUGUUGCUCACUUUUAUGGAUUGUUCUUUUUUCUUUUUUUUUUUUUUUUUGACCAGCAGUGGGGACAUUGUGCACAGUGCGUUGUGUUAGCAACAUAACUAACAUUGGGAACUGAGACCUGACUAGGGAGGAUAGACAUGUAGAUAUUUACCUUUUGUACAGGGUGUGUGUGGGUGGUUGUAUAUAUGUAUGUAUGUAUGUAUAUAUAUGUAUAUAUAUUAUACACAUAUAUAUAUAUAUAUAAUAUUGUUGUCUUUUGCUUUUUAAAGUUUUUACCUUUUUAAAAAAAAAUAAUAAUUAUCAGUGGUAAUUAUGUUAACAUACUGUCAAAUUGGGAAGGUCUCUUUUUGCUCACAUAUACUGGCAAAAGUUGAUAUACUGUAGGAUUUAGCAGUGCCCUGUAAUGAUGGCUCCUCUAGUACUCUCAUGACAUCUAAUGGGAGCAUAAUGGAUAAUUAUAGACAAGCUCAAUUAGUUGCCUGCCAAGAGCAAUGGUGGCCUUUGGACACUCUUUGUACUGUAGUGUCGCCUGUCAAUAAGUGGCAUACACUGUGGUCCUCAAAUCUUCUUGUUUUCCUUAUCAACCCAUAUUAUUCAAAGGUUAAUUCACACCAAUGUGCUCUUCAUCCUGUGGAAUUUAGCUAAUAGACUAGCGAGGAUAAAAUUUUAUAGAUUGCUGUGAUUGGACAAGCCCUUAUGGUUGGUCCGAUUGCAUGGCAUGUUACCUCACGGUUUCUUUGAGGUCAUAGAUUAGGUGAAGAGAGAUCUGUCAUAUUCAGUAAUGUUAAGGUAGCUGUUUGUGUUUAUCCCAUUCUUAUGUGACUUUACGGUUCGGUUUAUACGGUAGCUGUAGCAUGCACAAAGUGGGUGUCUGUUGCACAAGUGUUUUAGCUGUUUUACCCUUUACAGAUGUAAACCCUGCAAAAAAAAAAGCAUCUUAAACUGACCUAAAAGGGUUUCCUGGUCUUAGAGAGAUUUUGGGUGCUAGACCAGCAAGCAAGUGGAGGCUGGAACAUCUUAAACCAGCCUAAGAUGGUUUGUUAUAAGGCUGGAAUAUUAGCUGGCCAACUAGCUAAAUCAGCUGAGCACAAGCAACGAGACCAACUAAGACCAGCAAACCAUUUAAGGCUGGUUUAAGCUAUUGUUUUCUUGCAGGGAAAAUUGAAUUUUAUGCAAUCGGUCAUGUUUCAAGGGGAUUUAAAUGUAAUUUAUUGACUUGUAUAUCUUACAUUUAGCACAUUUUAGGGAUUAUUACUCUAAUAUUGACAAUAAGGGACUGUUAACGUGUGAAUGUGUGAAUACUAUUACAGAAGAGCAUUUUGAACAUGGCAUUAUGAACUGCUGGAACAGUAAAACACUAUUCACCAGCAAUAAUUGCCAUGUAAGGUAGCCUUUUGCGAUAUGUGACAACCUCAUGCAACAAAAAGUGCAAUACUUCCUCUCGAAUUUAACAUACAGCCUGACCCAUGAACCCAGUUGAAUUAUUGUAAGGAGAGAAUAUAACUACUUUCCUUAUGCUGGUGGUCUUCUGUCUUCUGCCUCUCCCGCAAUCACCAUGAGCCCCUAAGAAAUGGACCUCAUCUGAAUCUGGGCUAUUUCACCAUUUAAUCUGCAUGCAACUCUGCCAGGGAAGAUGAAAUGUGUAAUUUGUGGCUUGAGACAAAUGGAUAUCUGAUGUUGGAUUUGGUGUGGAUCAUCUAGAAUCAAAGCAGAACUGAUUCAUAGUUCUCUGUGAUGGAAAGGAAAUGCAUUUUAUGGACACACUGAAUCAUUUAAACCCAUGAAUUUCAACGGCUUUCAUCAGACUUUGGAAACAUGGUUCUGUUCUGCUGUGGGAAAAGCCUGCAUGUGAAUCACUUUUUUUUGUCCCUAUAAAAAAAAGUGUUCUCUCUUUUAUAUGUUGUUGAUAUUGCCUUAAUUAACAGUGACAUUUGUUCUGUCCUCCUCUCCACUGUGAUGUGUGUACAGUGCGGCAGUCAGUGCUUGUGCUCUGUUCUGUCAUUACAAUGUUAAUCAUAACUGGCACUGGGGUCAGAGUGUAUGUGGCCCCAUCCAUGUGCAAAUUCAUGGCAAAGAUUUUUAGCACCUUAUUAAAAAGAUGUUUUUAAAAAUG